UAACAAUGCAGUAGUACCAACUUCAGAUGUAUUAAAAUCGCAGUACAAUGUGCUUGGCCUAUUUCAUCUAUACAACUGCCGAAAUAUGAACCUUCGCGUUGUGUAAUUGUUGAUUAUCUGUUUUAUUGCCUGACGAAUUAUUCAAAUACCGCAUUUUUAUAAUCGAAACAUUUGUAAUAUUACUUUCACGUUAGUAGAAUUUAUAAAGCUAAAAUAACAUUGAUAUUUUAUCUUUCUGGUCGGUAGAAAUCUCACCGGAGAGACUCAUGUCUUUUUGUUCACUCGGUUUUUAAUGUUUUGUAUCGAAUAUAGACAUAAGCAUGGAUGUCCGGAAAGAGCUUGACUUUCAUUUUUUGGAUUUACACGACUUGGGGGAUAGUGAUAAAAAUGAGUUGAUGGCAAUUUUAAAAUCUAAUAAUGUUACGGAUGCAUUAAAACUACCAUGGGAUACCAUUGAUAAUAACCAUGAAACAAAUACAAAUGUAACUGAAAUAUCGGAAUUGCAAAAUCAUUGGUAUCAAAAUGCAGGAACUGAAGAAGGUUUCUUAAAGUGCAAUAACCCAACAAAUGUUGCCACUUCUAUUAUCAUGUCAGCAAUUCCACAAACACAUCCUUAUAGUCAGCAGAUAAUAACAACAAUGUGCAACGAUUGGCAGCAACCUAUGUAUAACGUUCCUACCGAUGCUCAUAUGCAAUCAUUUAUACCUGGAUUAGCUUAUUCACCCGCUAUUUUUCCCAAUGCGGGUAAUGAAAUUCGUGAUAACUCGUAUCUAAGAGAUAAUGGAAGACGUAGUCGAAGUAGAGGUAUAAGAAAUAAUUUUAGCAGAGGUAUCAAUCAAACUAAUGAAAUCCAUCCAGGAUACAUGAGCGAACAAAGUCAAUUUCACCAACCAGUAUCUGUUAUGUACAUUUUGUCUGAUCAUACUUUAUCUCCACAACAACAUCAAGUUACUGGACAAAUUUAUUACCCACCUAUAUAUACCUCGCCAACAAUCCAUCCACAUACAAAUACACAUCCACAUGCACAUCCUACUUAUCCAUUGCCCCAUCAGUCCUCUAAUAAUGUUAGAUAUAGCAGACAAUCGCAAUCUGUUAAUACGCAGCAAAGUCAAGAAUUAUUAAAUACAGCGACCGCUGCUAAAACGCAAGAAAAACGUCCACAAAAUUUAUAUUCAUCUGUAAAGCCAUCUAAUCAUCAAUUAUCAAAUGACGAAGACAAGAAUUCCUCUCAGACCAAUAUUGUGACAACAGUUAUUGUAAAUAACAGUAAUAGAGAAUCUUGCAUUGAGAAUGAGAAUGAAAGUACUGCCACUAAAAAGAACACAAAUAACAACACUAAAGUAUCACCAGUUAAUGUAAAAAUAAAGCAUAAUAUUGUGUCGACUGUUAACGAAGCAUGUAAUGGUACAGAGAAAAGUGAUAUACCAUGUGUAAAUAUUAAUAGCAGCGUUGAAGUUAAGCAAAAUGGUGAGAGUGAGAAAGAAUACACAAAUGAAACUGUUUCUAGGAAUAAGACCAAUCUCAUAAAAACAUUAUCAUCGUCUACAUCAAAGUCUGGUGAAAACGAAGUACAAAUUGAAGAAAAUAGACCAUCCAAAAGCAUAUCUGAUGAGCCUCUUAUAAAAGCUUCUAAUAAUUCUUUAAUACCUACAAACGUAUCUACUACUGCAAGUUCCUUGCCUUCUAUUAAAUCGAAUAUGUCUUUUGCAAAUGUUCUCAAGAAAGCUAAUUCAGAAUUACAAAGUACUCCUUCAACUCACAAACCAAUGGCACGUAUUAAUCCAUUACCAUCUGCUCCUGUAAUCGAACAGACCACAUCUCCAAAAACACCAUUACAAACAGUUGUACAAAGAGAUCAACAUAUUAGAAGUCCAUCACUUGAAACUGAAAGUCUUCCUCCAAAUGUGCACAAUAUAUCAAGUGAUCGUACAAAAGAUCAAGCAGAAUUAACGCUAAACAAAUAUGAUGAUCCUACAGUUUUUAGAAUGGGUGAAUUUUUAUUAAACUAUCAAAUGGAUAAGCAAACUGUAAGCUUACUCCCGCGUGGCUUAACAAAUCGUAGCAAUUAUUGUUACAUUAAUAGCAUAUUGCAAGCCUUAUUAGCAUGUCCGCCAUUUUAUAAUCUUCUUAUGGCUCUGCCACAUUCCAAAAUCAAUUGUAAAAACUCAUCCACCCCUCUCAUAGAUAAUAUGAUAAAAUUUGUUAAUGAAUUUACACCUCUAUCAGACAGCGCAAGAUUAGCUAGAAAAGAUAGAGUACAUAAACGAGGAGAAAAUUCAAUUGUAGAUAUACAAAGUGGUAUGGCAUUUGAGCCAUCUUAUGUAUACACUAUGUUGAAAAAUACUUCAUCUGCUGGAGUAUUUUCUGUAGAAGGGCGCCAAGAAGAUGCAGAAGAAUUUCUCUCCUGCCUUUUAAAUGGUAUUAACGAUGAAAUGUUAGAGCUUAUAAAAUUAGUAAACAAUGAACCAAACCCAAAUUCUAAUGCAGAGACUAACAUUAAUUACAAUCAUGCGGAAGAAGAAUGGAAAGUAAUGGGACCAAAGAACAAAGGGUCCAUCACGCGUUGUACCGAAUUUGGUCGAACUCCGUUAUCUGAUAUUUUUCGUGGCCAAUUAAGAUCUAGAGUAUCUCGGGUGGGAGAGCAACCAACCGACAAUGUGCAACCUUUCUUUACGUUGCAACUUGAUAUAGAAAAGGCGGAAUCUGUGACAAGAGCGCUUGAAAUACUGGUUGGAAAAGACCAAUUAGAAGGGAUGACUUGUAGUAAAACAAAGCAGCAAAUAGAAGCUUGGAAACAAGUCACUUUAGAAGAAUUACCAGUUAUUCUUAUAUUACAUUUAAAAUGGUUUGACUACAAACUUAAUGGAUGCUCAAAGAUAUUUAAAAAAGUAGAAUUUCCCAUAGAUUUAAAAGUGGAUGCCAAAUUCUUGUCACCGAACAUAGGAAAAAAACUAAAUUCCAAGCAAAAACAGUACAAAUUAUUUGCCGUUACUUACCAUGUUGGAAAAGAAACAACAAAAGGCCAUUACGUUACGGAUGCUUUUCACGUAGGAUUCGGCGGCUGGGUUAGAUACGAUGACAGUUCAUUACAAGGUAUUUCAGAAAAUGAUGUUUUAAAUCCAGCUCCUCCUAGCGUACCGUAUUUACUAUAUUAUAGAAGGUGCGAUACUAUCGGAAAUAAUCAAUCAAACACAGGUAGAACUCGUUAAAAUCUGACUAUUCAUUUGUGUAGAUACAAGUCCUAUUAUAAAAAAAAAAAUAGUGUAUCACUUUUUACGAUUUCACGAUUAUUGUUGAUAUUUAUAUCUGAGUAAGCAGAACGUUUGUUAUAAAGUAUGGUAAAAUUGAAUUAAUAUUUCCUUUUAUCUUACUAUACUCUCAACAAAUAUUUAUACUAAACUGUUACUAGUGUUACGCGUAGUUUUCUUGAUACAUAACUUGUGAAAGUAGCUAAGAUAAAACACGUGUUCAUACUACUAGCACAUUUUAUUAGCGUUGGAUGCUUAUAGUUUAUAAAAUAAAAACUUAGAUAUAAAUUUAUUGUAUAUAUGUUUCUUCUAAGAAUAGAUGGUAUUAUGUAAGCGGCCGUGUGUUUACAUGAAAAAGUAAAUUGUAAUGUGAAUUUUUAUAAUCACGUCAAAUUUUCUUUUUCUUUUUUUUCGCAAAAUGAAAUUACCUUUUUAAUUGUCUGUUAUGAAUUAAUAAUUAUUAUGCUAUAUCAUUUAGAAAUAAUUUUCUAAUAACGUUUACUUGUUUAAGUAGCAUCGAAAUCUUGGUUCAGUAAGAUUAUGAUUGAAAUAUAAAACACACUGUUAUACGUAUUUAACAUUUAAUCAUUCUGGUCAGCUUUAUUAAAAAGAAUAUUAUAUAAGUUGUUUUACGUAUUACGUAUGUGCUUGUUAUUGUUCUGUACAAAUAUUUUCUCUAAGUUAAAUCUACUGAAUUCCCACUAGAAUUUACUGUUCAUAUUUUGAUAUUUGUUACUCAUGUCUAAGAUUUCUUAGAAUUUCUUAGAAAGAUAAGACUAAAAAUUACAAUAAGUAAAAAAUAUGUUUGUUAUUAGGCAAGUGUGAACAUAUUUUCCAAUUUUGCCUUAAAAUCUUUAGCACAGACUGCCUGUCAUAA